AUGCCAGGAGGCCCGUCGGGAAGAGGCUGUCAGGGCUGCCGGAAACGCAAGAAGAAGUGUGAUCUUGCGCAGCCAUCAUGCUCUAGGUGCCUCCGCUAUGGCAUCCGCUGCGUUGGAUCUGGAGAGCGAGUGUACCGGUUUAAGAAUGCGACAGUCACGGGAAGCGUCCCGGUGGCCCGGACAGCAGUCACAGCACGGUCCAGAGGUGGAAUACUGGCUGACGGUCAGAUUAAAUUGUCACCGCCACGGCCACUCGGAAAUGAAUUAACGUCAACAACCGGGGCCUUCAUCUCAACCUUGCAGAUUUCCGACCCCAAGUUUUCGGUUCUUGGCUUCGGUCCUUUUCUUGAAGAUGUGCCGUGCCGCUUGGGAAGGAGCCAGAUUCUUCGCACUGCAGCCAUGGCCUUCUCGAGUGCCGUCACAGCAGUUCAUUCGCGACAAGCAACCGUGCAAGCUCUCAAGGACUACGGCACAGCACUCGCCUGCAUGAGAAGCAGCUUUAUUAACGAUCCAUCCCAAGUCGGCAAGGCGGAGACGCUCUGUGGCGUGUAUCUUCUUCUGUUGUCUCAGUAUUUUCUUGGCGGACACAACGAUGAGUGUUUGGUCCAUCUUCAAGGGUUGCUGUACGUUUUAAACAAUCAAGCAGCUCGAGAUUACCAAGACCCCUUCAGCUCAAAAAUGGUUGACCUGGCGUCGAUAAUAGCCAUCACCGAGUGCGUCAUUGAUCCCCGGGUACAGAUUAAAAGAUGGCAUGCGGAUCUGAGGAAAACAUCAUAUUAUGGACCGCUGAACAACUAUUCUGUGGUCGAUAUUAGAUCAACAAAUUUGACAGUGGCAAACCUCAUAGACCUGCCCAUGUUUCUCCAAGAACCCGAAUACCACCUUGUUCAACUACGCUCAUCCUACGACUUAAUGAGAGUGGAAGUGAAAAAGAUAAUUCCAAUCACCAAGCAACUGCAUGAGGCCUGUGCAACAAGCCUUGACAUGAAUUACUACAAAGGCUAUACCAUUUGCGAGUCCUCCAUCUGUGUCUUACACACAUUAAUGGCCAUUAUUCGGAAGACACUUCUGGUCUUCCACCCGUACGACAGCACUCUGAAAGAACACGAGGAGAGUGCAACCAACGUUGUUCUCGCGUCAGCAGCGCGGGCCUGGAAUUUCCGUCCUUUAGGCACAACAUAUAUGCCCAAGACGUUAUGUCUUCUGUGGGCAACUACGGAUGAUCCCAAUGUGAAGGCUAAAGUGGAAGAUAUGAUUGACAACUAUCGGGAAGAUUUCAGAGGAGACAGUUGGACCAAGAUUGCACUCUUCUUCGAGCAACGGUUUGAAAGGCUGCGCAAGCGAGUGCAGACAACCAUGCCUUACCACCUUCGACAAGAUACAACGAGUCCCGGGUCAACAAAUGAUGAAACUGAAAGCUUCGUCGAAGUUUAG